UGUAACACUGUUUUGUUUUCCAGAAAGCUCUGUUUUCCCAUCAUCUCGUUUUCGUUUCCAGAAACACUCUGUUUUCGUUUCCAGAAAAACUCUGUUUUUUCCACUAACACUUGUUCCAUUCCAUCUUCUACAUCUCUUCUUCUUCUUAAGAGAUGUUUGUCCAUAAGUUUUUGUCGCGUGUGUCCACCACCUUUUCCCGGACCUCUUUUCUCUCUGCUUCCAAAACUCCCCAACACUUCUCCAAUCACUUACAUUCCCUCAUUCACCAAUCUCCCAACAAGUUGAUUCCUGUUCAAGUCAAUUUGUCACUGCUACGGAUAAGUUCAUCAACUCCAAGAUGUGGGUUUUCUUCAUCAGCUUCAAGUGAAACUAAUGACAAGGAAAAAGGGAAGAAUAUGGAUAUUGAAGAUUCUACAAAUGAUAACCCUGAUAAAGCAAACGAAAAGGUCAAUAAUUUUGAACAGGCCGGACAAGCUAAAUCUGCAGAUAAAUCAGAGGAAUCAAGUUCUAUUUUGGAUUCUCAAUCUCAAACUGUAAAAGGAAGGAGGAGAGGUUUCAAACGAACAGCAUUUUCUGAUUCUGAUUCAGAUUCAGAUUCAGAGAAUGAAUAUCUGUCCAAGGAUGAUUUGAUUAAACUUGUGGCUGAGAAAGAAGAACUUUUGAAGUUAAAGCACAAGGAGAUUGAACAAAUGCAGGAUAAAGUUUUGCGUACAUAUGCAGAUAUGGAGAAUAUCAUGGAUAGGACACGACGUGAAUCAGAGAAUUCGAAAAAGUUUGCUGUACAGAACUUUGCAAAGAGUUUACUAGAUGUUGCGGACAAUUUGGGAAGAGCUUCCUCAGUUGUAAAGGAAAGUUUUUCAAAAAUUGAUACACCUAGUGACUCUGCUGAAGCGGUAAAACUUCUGAAAACACUUCUGCAAGGUGUUGAAAUGACCGAGAAACAAUUAUCAGAGGUACUUAAAAAGUUUGGUGUAGAAAAAUUUGAUCCUACGAAUGAGCCCUUUGAUCCACACAGACAUAAUGCCGUCUUUCAAAUCCCUGAUGGUUCUAAGCCUCCAGGAACCGUUGCAGCUGUUCUGAAGGCAGGAUACAUGCUUUAUGAUCGUGUCAUUCGCCCAGCGGAAGUUGGUGUGACUCAAGCACUGAAGGAAGAUGAGAAUAAGGGUUCAUAGAAGUGAUUCGAGUGCCUUCCAUUUUAAUUUGUAUCUCCGCAAGCUUUCUAAUCUUCUUUCCUUCGCACUACUAUUUUCCAUUCCUUUCAUUAGCUUGCAAAAUUUACAUUUUCCAACUAGUUAACAAAUUUGUCAUAAAAAGUGGCUAAAUAUUAUGACAUUUUUUAACAAUUUGUUGUUCAUUAGAGAAAUUUUGUCAUUAAUAUAGAUUUUGAUAAUGUUUGGUGA